AUGAAGUCGUUCGACGAGGACCCACUCGACCGCCUCAUUCGUCCACCACCUAAUGAGACUCCGGAAGAACGAGCUGACAGAGAGCGCAAGGAAGCAGAAGCAAGGAGGGUUAGCGACGAGAUCGACAACGAUAUCCGGAAGGAGAGGGCAGCCUUGAAGAAACAGCAAUCGACUGUUCGUGUGCUGCUGUUGGGACAAUCGGAAAGCGGCAAGUCGACAACCUUGAAAAACUUUCGGAUGCGUUUUGCGCCUGAAGAAUGGCAGGCUGAACUGGUUUCAUGGAGAGCCGUCAUUCAACUCAACCUCAUUCGCUCUGUCCUCUCCAUUCUCGACGCGAUUAAAGCCGAACUCGACAAUGAACCCAACCAACCUUUCUUAACUGGUGACGAAGAUGACGAGACAGAGUUUCUCUUCUCCGACUCAGAACCUGGGCACGAACCACAAUCCAGCUCUGCCAACUCUAACACGCGACCACUGCUGACGGGGCAGCACCAGCUUCUCAAACUUCGACUUGCACCACUUCGGCGAGUGGAAGCGGAUCUAAAAAAACAACUUGGCGCAAGCGCAGAAGAUGAGCUGGCAGAUGGUGCUGCUAGCGAUGAGUAUGGGACUUUGGGGCGCUUUGGGGGUGAUGGGGGUCUGGCUCCAGCAGGUGGCGCUCUCAGCAAGAAGAUGACAAGAAGCAGGGAGUUCUCGGUUCGGAGGUUGAAGGAUGCCCUGACCCGCAACACCUCAGGGACUGGCACACGAUCGCCGAGGUCCCAUUCACGGUCACGGCCGAACUCGGACGGGAGUGGAAGCGACAACGAUGAUGUGGAUGAGGCUACGGAUGUCAUUGCCAACUGCAGAGAAGAUAUCAAAACGUUGUGGUCGGACCCGGCUGUGGGAGAGGUCUUGAAGAAGCGGGAUAUUCGCUUGGAGGAUUCUGCGGGAUUUUUCCUCGAUGACGUUGAUCGAAUCGCCACACGGGAGUACGUACCGUCCGACGACGAUGUUGUUCGAGCAAGGUUACGGACCAUGGGUGUACAAGAAUACAAAAUCAAGGUGUAUCAACCUACGCCUUUCCUUGUGGCAGGUUCUGGUAUAACCGACUGGUCGUUGUACGACGUUGGAGGGUCUAGAACCUGUAGGCACGCCUGGGUUCCAUACUUCGACAACGUCACUGCGAUCAUCUUCCUUGCCCCUGUCUCAUGCUUCGACGAACGGUUACUGGAAGACUCGCGAAUCAAUAGACUUGAAGAUUCAUUCUUGCUCUGGCGGGAUGUCUGCUCAAACAAGCUCCUCGAGAAGACAAGUUUGAUCCUGUUCAUGAAUAAAUGCGACCUGUUGAAGCGGAAACUGAAAAUGGGCGUUCAAGUGAAGGACCACCUUCCAAGCUAUGGUGAUCGGCCUAACGAAGCCCCGAGUGUGGUGAAAUACCUGAAAGACAAGUUCAGGGAUAUCGUGAGGGCCAACACCACCGAUGGCGGGCGUGUUGCAUACUACUAUGCUACUUCUGUAACUGAUAUUAAAACCACCUAUGCCACAUUGAAAACAGUGAAAGACAUCAUCCUUCGGGACCAUCUCAAGAGCGCCGAUUUCGUGUAG